ACACGCUAUUUGCGCAAAACUAUCGCACAUCUCUAUCGCAUAACAUAAUACACAAGUGUGCGAAUUCCAUAAAGUCGCGCACGGCCAGACACGGGUCGGUUGACAACACCAACAACAACAUCAAUAACAGCCGCUCUGUGUUAAUAGAAGACGCCACGUUCUUUCUUGUAAACAAGUCUAGUCAACAAACAGACCAAAUGAGCGCACACUCCAGUUAAACCGAGCAGCACAAACCAAAUAACCAAACACGACACACACACACGCACACAUACACACCCACCCACACACUCGCACACAUACACACAGAGAUAGGUCAUCAAGAUGCGCGUGGUUGCAAUGGUGAGUGGCGGCAAGGAUAGCUGCUACAACAUGAUGCAGUGCGUCGCCGAGGGUCACGAAAUAGUCGCACUUGCCAAUUUGCAUCCCAAGGAUAGAGAUGAGCUGGACAGCUUUAUGUAUCAAACAGUUGGACACAUGGGCAUUGAGAUACUCGCCAGUGCCAUGGGUCUGCCUCUGUAUAGGCGCGAGACCAAGGGCAAGAGCUUACAGACCGGCAAACAAUAUGUGCCCACCGAUGAUGAUGAAGUCGAGGAUCUCUACAGUUUGCUGGAAACGUGCAAGCACGAACUAAACGUGGAGGCGGUUGCUGUUGGUGCCAUACUGUCGGAUUAUCAGCGGGUGCGCGUGGAGAACGUCUGCAGCCGGCUGAACCUGAUAUCCCUGGCCUAUUUGUGGAGGAGAGAUCAGACUGAACUGCUGCAGGAGAUGAUUGACUGUCAGGUGCACGCCAUUAUCAUCAAGGUGGCCGCAUUGGGCCUGGUGCCGGAUCGUCAUUUGGGCAAAUCGUUGCGCGAGAUGCAAACGCAUCUGCUGAAGAUGCGCGACAAGUACGGAUUGAAUGUGUGCGGCGAGGGUGGGGAAUAUGAGACGUUCACGCUGGACUGUCCGCUGUUCAAGCAGCGCAUCGUGGUCGAGGAUAUACAGACGAUAAUUAGCAGCGCGGAUCCCAUCUGUCCCGUUGGCUACAUAAACUUCACGAAGCUAUCGCUGCAGCCGAAGGAGCCAAAUGCCGGCGGCGAUGUGGUCUUUGUGAAGAAGUCCCUAGACUAUAUAACCGAUCUCAAUGAGUCCACGUACAGCGAUCUGAGCGAUCCGGACUUCAGUGAAACGGAACUGGAGCUGAUUGAGAAGGAGACGCGUCUGCGCGAAUCGCUCAGCCAGAACGAGCUGAUAUCGCGCAGCAAUUCGUUCGGCCGGCACUUGGCCACAUCAUCGUCCUCGCCGAUACCCAUUGUAACGAAGAGCGCCAGCGUCGACGAGCCCAUACCGACGGCCAGCUGCAUAACGGGCAGCGCUUCGCUGCUGCUGCUCGGGAAUGCGAAUGCGAAUGCGAAUCAGUCGACCUCCGCAUCCGCACUGGCAUUGGGCGCGGCGGGCGGCGCAUUGCAGGCGAACAGCUGCUGCGGCUUUGGCAGCUCUCAUCCAUUGGGUAGCAGCACGGCCGCCGUGUGCGGCUCGCUGUCGCUGGCCAUCUCCUCGCUUGGGCUGAGCACCACGCAGUGCAACAAUAAUGCGGCGACGACGACGAUGCCAACGGGUCUCACCCAGCCGCCCAGUCCCAUGAAAUACGAACGGGAAUUUCGUCCACUGGCCAACCAGGCCAGGGCGGCCAUCAAUGCCAAGGGCUGGAUGUGGCUGGCGGGCAUACAGGGCUGCGCCGCCAGCAUGGAGCUGGGCAUGCAACAGGCGUUGACUACGCUGCGCGAUCUGUGCACCAGCAAUGGCUACGAGCUGCAGGACCUGUGCUUCACCACGCUCUACGUGAGAUCCAUAGCCGAGUAUCCCGCUCUCAAUAGCAUCUAUUUGCAAUCGUUUGGCUUUCACAAUCCACCGACGCGAGUCUGUGUCGAGUGCCCGCUGCCGGAUGAUUGCCAUGUGGUCAUGGAGGCCAUUGCGCACCGAGCGCCUGUCAACCACAGUGGCGACGAUAGCGAGGAGACGCAGCUGCUGCUCAAUGGCCGCCGCAAUACGAUGCAUGUCCAGGGCAUAUCCCAUUGGGCGCCAGCCAACAUUGGACCCUACAGUCAGUCGACACGAAUUGGCGACAUCACCUACAUCUCGGGUCAAAUUGCCCUCGUCCCGGGCAGCAUGACAAUCAUUGAGGGCGGCAUUCGGCCCCAAUGCAAACUCGCAUUGCGUCACAUCAGUCGAAUCGCCAAGGCAAUGAAUGCCCAGGGCCAGCUGCGCGAUGUCGUCCAUGGCAUUUGCUUUGUCACCCAUCCCGCCUUCAUUGGCGAGGCGCGACGCCAGUGGGAGCGACGCACCACGAAUGCCAUCAUGGAUUAUAUUGUGCUGCCGGCGCUGCCUCGCGAGGCCCUCGUCGAGUGGCAGGUGUGGGCGCACACCCACAAUGAUCGUUUCGACUACGAGGAGACUGGCUGUUCGGUUAGCGAUUACACCAUCUCGAUACGUCGUCGCUGGAACUACGAGAACAAUUGUGCGGCCAUUGUUUGCUAUGUGGCAACUGGCUUGGCCUCAUCCACCACGCAGUUGACGCAGCUGAGCGAUGACGUGCUGGGCAAUCAUUGCCGGCUGGCCCAGAGCCUCAGUGCUGAGAAUCUGGACGAGAUACUCACCUAUAUUGUGAAUCGGCUGCUGAAGGACUAUCCGUUGGCCAAGCGACAACAGCAGCAGCAACAGCAACAGCAGCCAUUGCAGCGUGAAGCUGAGGAGCAAACGGCGCCUAACACUGCCACGCCCACCGAGCCAAUGUCACUGCCACAGCAGCCCGGCGGCGCUGGAGACCAACAGCAGGCAGCAACGGCAGCGGUGUCCACAUUGCCAGCGAUACACCUGAAGCUCUUCUAUCAGGUGAACGCUGCCCCGCCCACGGAUCUGCUGUUGCAGGCGUUGCACGACUUCCGCCACAAAUGCCAAGAAAUGGCUGCGAUAGUGUAUACGGUACUGCCGGCGUGCAGCCUACACAAUUUCAGUACGUUCCUGUCCAUAUGCGGAGUGCGGCACGAGUGAAGAGGGCGUAAAGUGGAGAGUGAUGCGAGAGUGGGAGGGAGAUGAAUGGAGAGCGAGAGAG